AUGAAAACUGCCACGAGCUCCUUAUCAGCAUUUGGAGAUUCUUCCAUUCAGACAUCUUCAAAGUCCAGAAUCCGGCAGGGCUGUCAUAGUGCUGGCCCAAAUGUAUCUGGUGAUCAUAUUAAUUUGGUGAGCUCAUCAAUGCCAUCAUUUCCUAUUCUCCAACGUUCUUCUGAAGAGAAAAUUCUUUACUCAGACAGGUUGACCCUAGAAAGAAGUAUGUGGUAUUGCAUCUUUAAAAUUAUAAUAAAUCAAAGGGAGAUAUAUUAUUGUUUAAGAUGUGUAUUAUUAGGGCGGGACAGAAUCAAGAAAAUCUCAAAUCUGGAAAAUCUAAAAAGCUUAGAUGUCUUGGACCUUCAUGGAAAUCAGAGAGAUGUGGAUAAUUUGCCCUGCCUCCAACGUCUGUUUCUCAGCUUCAACAAUAUAUCUAGUUUUGACAAUGUUUCCUGCCUUUCUGACUCUACUUCCCUCUCAGACAUCACCUUUGAUGGCAAUCCAAUAGCUCAAGAGUCAUGGUACAAACACACGGUCCUUCAGAAUAUGAUGCAGCUGCGCCAGCUAGAUAUGAAGAGAAUCACAGAGAAGAAAAGGUUAACAAUUAACAACGUAGCUCGAAAGGAAGAAGAAAAUAAAGAGAAAAAACAUAAAUUAACUUUUUCACAGGAGAAGAAAAGGUUAACAAUUAACAACGUAGCUCGAAAGUGGGACUUGCAGCAACGAGUAGCCAAUAUUGCCACAACUCAAGAUAGAAAAGAUUCUGACUCUCCUUCUCAGGACCCCUGUCAGAUUGACGGAAGCACCAUCUCUGCGUCUCCCGAGGAAACGGGGUCUCUAGACUCAGGACUCACCAGUGCUUUACAAGGUUUAUCUGUUAUAGACUCACACCUUGUUGAAGUGGAUGGGGAUACACUCGCCCUGUAUGGCUCAGGAGCACUGGAAUCUCUGGAUCGGAACUGGAGCGCUCAAACAGCAGGAAUGGUCACCACAGUCUCCUUCACUUUCAUAGAAUUUGAUGAAAUCGUCCAAGUGCUUCCCAAAUUGAAGAUUAAGUUUCCUAAUUCUCUGGUGACGCAGAAUGACAUGAUAAUGGCUGAAAGGCUCUUUGGAAUCCUAGCACAUGUAGCAUCUUCUGAGUUACCCCAGUACCGUCUGAUUUCAAUUCUGGGUGAUGCCAGGAAAAAGCAGUUCCGGUAUCUGCUAGAAACCAAAGGAAAAAAACCUGGUAUUGUCAAUGAAGAAAAUAAUGACAGCAAAAGGCUUGUAGGAGAAAACACAAAUCGUGCUACACUAAAUUAUACUACAAGAGACUUUUAUAAUGAAAAGCUAGAGGAAAUAAAGGAAAAAAAGAAAUUCUGCAAGAUGUAUAUAGAGGACCUUGUGAAGGAAGCCACAGAAAUCAACAUGAAAAAUGAGGCUUUGCAGAAGCUUUGGCCACAGAUGUUCAUUGAGCUUGUUAGGGAUGCAGUCAUAGAAAUCCGCAAUAAAAAUUCCUAUAUGAAGCUGUGCCUACAGCAGAUAACUGACCAAAAAUAA